AUGGACAGCGUGCCCCUGGCACUGGCAAAGAUGCGCUGGAUCACGCUACUUGCCGGCUUGACUUUCUGGACUAAAAUAUCUGUUAUUAACUGUUUUGAUUAUGGAGAAACAGACUAUGAUUACUAUGAAGAAGAUAAAUCCGAUGGCAUUGACUACAAAGACCCAUGCAAAGCUGCUGUGUUUUGGGGCGAUAUUGCCUUGGAUGAGGAGGACCUUCGGAUGUUCCACGUGGACCGGACAGUGGACCUGACCCAGCGCACACACUCAGGACACACAACGGGUGGCCAGGGGGAACAGGAACAAGAAAUCUCAAAGAGGCAAGGAGUGCUAAAUCUACUGUUGGAGAAAUUAAGAAGGCUCGGCUUUGAUUACCCAGUAAAGAGCAACAAUACGAAAGAACACACAAGCUCUAAACUCCCCAGUGUGAAAGCUGUCAGGACGGGCUCAGGAGUGAAGGGCCGUUUCCCUCGGGCCGCCACCUCCAGAGCAGAGCGGAUCUGGCCUGGAGGAGUCAUCCCCUACGUCAUAGGAGGAAAUUUCACCGGCAGUCAGAGGGCCAUGUUCAAGCAGGCCAUGCGGCACUGGGAGAAGCAGACUUGUGUGACGUUCAUAGAGAAGACGGACGAGGAGAGUUACAUCGUGUUCACCUACAGGCCCUGUGGGUGUUGUUCCUAUGUGGGUCGCCGUGGCAAUGGGCCCCAGGCCAUCUCCAUUGGGAAGAACUGUGACAAAUUCGGCAUUGUGGUGCACGAACUGGGCCACGUCAUUGGCUUCUGGCAUGAGCACACACGGCCGGACCGAGACAACCAUGUGACCAUCAUCCGGGACAACAUCCAACCAGGUCAGGAGUAUAACUUCCUCAAGAUGGAGCCAGGGGAGGUCAACUCUCUUGGGGAGCCAUAUGAUUUUGAUAGCAUCAUGCACUAUGCCCGGAACACAUUCUCACGGGGCAUGUUCCUGGAUACCAUCCUCCCCUCCAGAGAUGAGAAUGGAGUGCGUCCUGCGAUCGGCCAGAGGACCAGACUCAGUAAAGGCGACAUUGCACAGGCAAGAAAGCUGUAUAGGUGUCCAGCCUGUGGAGAAACGCUUCAGGACUCUACGGGGAACUUUACGUCCCCAGGUUACCCCAACGGAUACCCCUCCUACACCCACUGUGUGUGGAGGAUAUCAGUUACCCCCGGGGAGAAGAUUAUUCUCAACUUUACCACCAUGGACCUGUACAAAAGCAGCCUCUGUUGGUAUGAUUAUAUUGAAGUUCGGGAUGGCUACUGGAGGAAAGCACCACUGCUUGGUAGAUUCUGUGGCGAUAAAGUUCCAGACGUUUUAAUUUCCACCGACAGUCGAAUGUGGAUUGAGUUUCGCAGUAGCAGCAACUGGGUGGGGAAAGGUUUCGCUGCUGUGUAUGAAGCCAUUUGUGGUGGAGACAUCACCAAAGAUUCUGGACAGAUCCAAUCCCCCAAUUACCCCGAUGACUACAGGCCCUCCAAAGAGUGCGUGUGGAGAAUCAGCGUGUCAGAAGGAUACCACGUUGGCCUCAGCUUCCAGGCCUUUGAGAUCGAGAGGCAUGACAGUUGCUCAUAUGACUACCUGGAGGUCCGAGAUGGCCCUUUAGAAACCAGCCCUCUGAUUGGGCGAUUCUGCGGCUACGACAAACCCGAGGACGUGCGCUCCACCUUCCACACUCUGUGGAUGAAGUUUGUGUCGGACGGGACGGUCAACAAAGCUGGUUUUGCGGCCAACUUCUUCAAAGAGGAGGAUGAGUGUGCCAAGCCGGAUAACGGCGGUUGUGAGCAGAGAUGUGUAAACACUCUGGGCAGCUUUAAGUGUACCUGCGACCCGGGGUUCGAGCUCGCCCCGGACAAGAAGAGCUGUGAGGCUGCUUGUGGUGGACUCCUCUCAAAGCUGAAUGGAACUAUCAGCACCCCUGGCUGGCCCAAAGAGUACCCCCCCAACAAGAACUGUGUGUGGCAGGUGGUGGCACCCACGCAGUAUCGCAUCUCUAUGCAGUUUGAGACCUUUGAGCUGGAGGGGAACGAGGUGUGUAAAUAUGAUUAUGUGGAGGUGCGCAGUGGCCUGUCGUCGGACUCUAAGCUCCAUGGGAAAUACUGCGGCAGCGAGGUCCCUGAGGUCAUCACUUCUCAGUACAACAACAUGAGGAUUGAGUUCAAGUCGGACAACACAGUCUCCAAGAAAGGGUUCAAGGCUUACUUCUUUUCAGAUAAGGACGAGUGCAGCAAAGACAACGGGGGCUGCCAGCACGACUGCAUCAACACAGUGGGCUCGUACAUGUGCCAGUGUCGCCACGGCUUCGUCCUGCACGAGAACAAGCACGACUGUAAAGAAGCCGAGUGCGAGCACCAGAUCCACAGUUCCAUCGGCGUUCUGAGCAGCCCCAACUGGCCCGACAAGUAUCCAAGCCGCAAGGAGUGCACCUGGGACAUCCGCGCCACUCCGGGCCACCGAGUCAAGAUCAGCUUCUCGGAGUUUGAGAUCGAGCAGCAUCAGGAGUGUGCGUAUGACCACCUUGAGGCCUUUGACGGCGACAGCGACACGGCCACCAUCCUGGGACGUCUGUGCGGCAGCAAGACCCCAGAGCCCCUCGUUUCCACCGGCAACAAUAUGUACCUGCGCUUCAUCUCCGACGCCUCGGUGCAGAGGAAAGGCUUCCAGGCCUCGCACUCCACCGAGUGCGGGGGGCGCCUGAGGGCAGAUGUGAGGCAGAAAAACCUGUACUCCCACGCUCAGUUUGGGGACAACAACUACCCCGGACACACAGACUGUGAGUGGCAGCUGACGGCGGAGCAGGGCUUCGGCAUCGAGCUCACCUUCAUCACCUUUGAGGUAGAGGAGGAGGCCGACUGUGGCUACGACUUCAUCGAGCUCUUCAACGGACGGGACAGCGGUGCGCUCCGGCUGGGACGCUUCUGUGGCUCAGGGCCCAGAGAGGCGAUCUACUCUCCUGGAGACACUCUGAUGAUCCGCUUCCACAGUGACGACACUAUCAGCAAGAAGGGCUUCCACCUGCGCUACUCCAGCACCAAGUUCCAGGAGAGUCUUCUGAGCCGGAAAUGA